AAGACAGACUGAGAGACUAAGAAACUGAAAAUCAGCGAGUCGGAGACCUAGAGAGACAGGGAGAGCCGCGGAGAGACGGAGGCAGACGCACGGAAAUAAUGAGGCCGAGAGAUGGAAAGGUCCGUUGCGCCCUCCUACGCGGUCAGAUAGAGCGAGAGAGGCUCCGAGGAAAGAGGCGCUGCAGAAUUAGAGAGACCCCCGGGAAGCCGGGGCAUCACCCGGGAGACACACCCGGGAGAGAAAGAACUAGGGACGAAGAGGAAAUGGCGGGGUAGACCUCGGAGGGCCAGGAAGGAGAUGGAGAGUGGAGAUUCAGAGAAGAGAAAGUUAGGGAAACUUCGCACGGAAGGCCGAGGGGGCGGGACGCCGGGAUCCCCACCCGCCCCGCCCCGGAAAACGCGACUUCCGGAUUGCUAUAAAGCGCGGGGCCCCGGGCCGGGCUGCAGCCGCCCGCCGCCGGCCAUGUGCCCCCACACCGACGCCGUCCGGGACCCCGAGGCCCAGCGGCCGCCCGCGCCCCACGGCCCCGCCUGCCGCCCGCUGCCCUGGGCCCUGGGCGUCGCGCUGGUCCUGGCCGCAGGCACCUGCGCCGCCUGCUGGGUCAGCACCUGGGUGGCGUCCCAGGUCCCCACGACGGCCAGCCCCGGGCUCCCCGCCGCCCCCGAGCCGCCGCCCGACGCCCACGCCCGCCUCCCCGACUCUCGGCAGGCCGUGUUCGCGCAGCUGGUGGCCCGAGAUGUACAGCUGACUGAAGGGCCCCUGCGCUGGCACAGCGACCCAGGCCUGGCAGGGGUGUUCCUGGGGCCCGGCCUGAGCUACGAUGAGCACACGCGGGAGCUGAUGGUGGCUGAGCCUGGCGUCUACUAUGUCUUCUUGAACCUGAAAGUGCAGCGGGUGGUGUCCGGCGGUGGCUCCGGCUCAGUCUCCGUUGCGCUGCACCUGCAGCCGCUGGGCACUGGGGCCGCAGCCCUGGCCCUGACCUUGGACUUGCCAUCUCCAUCCUCCUCGGACUCAGCAUCCGGCUUCCGGGGCAGCCUGCUGCACCUGGGUGCAGGCCAGCGCCUGGGAGUUCACCUGCGCGCAGAGCGGGGGGCACACCCUGCCUGGCAGCUCGCCCAGGGUGCCACGAUGUUGGGCCUUUUCCGAGUGGCCACCAAAGUCCCUGCCGGACUCGCCUUGCCGCCGUGGCCCGCUGACACUGGGCCUGGGCACCCCUUGCUGGACACAGAAUGAAUGCUGCCUUCUUUCACUGGGGCUCUUGGUGACGCCCGGCUACUCUACCUCACCCGGCUUGGCAGGGGUCCCCGCUGCUGACCCCCUCCUCGAGGACUCUCCAAGUCUCUCUCCCCUUCCUGCCCCAAGUCGAACUCUUGGUAUUUAUUCUGAGCCUGAGCUCAACGAUGUACUUUAUAUUAAUCCAUUCAGUUUAUAUUUAUUGAGCAUCUAUAUGGCGGGCCCUGUGCAGGGCUGGAGAAACAUCAGCAAACAAAACAGGAAAAAAAAACCUAUUUAUGUUAAUAUGUGAGAAAUAAAGACUCCUCCGCA